CGUGUUGCACGUGCGUUUGUUUGCAUUGAAAUAAACAAAUUUAAAUUAAUUAAAUUAAAUUAAAUUAAUUUAAUUAAAUUGAAUUAACUAUCUUUAAACAAAUAAACAAAAACCAACCAAGAUGGGCGAGUUUAUAGCUGAAAUGCAGGAGCGCCUGCUGCCGGAGUACGAGCAGAUGAAGCACUAUAACGUCUUCACGCCGGAUCAAGUCAGAGAAAUAGUGAGCCGGCGAGAGCGUUUAUUCCUGAAGAUAACUAAAAGCCACCUGGCUGUCGGCGAUUAUCUAGAGUUCAUUGUCUACGAGAAGCAAAUGUACAAGACACUCUCGGAUAAGGAGAAGAUGAUGCACAUAAAGCUGACCGGCCUGAAGAACUCCAUAUCCAUACGCAUCAUGCGUCUCUACAGGGAAGUGUUGGGCAAGUUCACCCACGACAGACGCCUGUGGAGCAAUUGGAUCAAGUUCAGCAAAAAGUCCGGUCCACAGGAGGUCGCAGGCAUCUAUGAGAAGAUGCUGCUGUACCAUGGCGAUGAUCCGAACUUUUGGGUGGACGCCGCCCUGUGGCUCUACGAAUACAAUCGCCUCAAUAUAGAUCGCGUGAAGGACAUUCUGCUGCGUGGCCUACAGCGGCAUCCCGACUCGGAGGCUCUCAACAAAUGCUUCUUCGACAUUCUGCUAAAGGAGGCAGCUCGGGCCGAUCCUGAGAAAAAUCUCGCUGACAACACUCUGUCCGAGCAGGACAUUAAACUGGAGCGGGUGGAGGCCGUCUAUCGCAACAGCAUGGCAAACAUUACGAGUUUGGACUACUUUGUGAAGCUGCUGGAGAGCUGCGAGGAUCACCACGAGAUGACCCUCAAGCUGCAGCGUCUCAUCAUCGACGACAUGCAGGAGAAGUUCCCGCGCGAGCCUGGCCUCUGGGAUUUGGCGGCGCAACGUGAGCUGCGUGGCUACCAUCUCGGGGACGCCGACGAGGAGCCAGAGAACAAUGAGGAGGAGCCAGCCAGCAAGAAGUCUCGUUCUGCCACCAAUACCCGCUCCCUAAAGCGUCGCAUUCAGCUCUGCGUGACCGUCUACAAGUCCGCCGUGGAGGUGCUGCAGACACAGGAUAUGUGGAGUCUCUAUCUGGAUGCCAUGCUCGCUCUAAACAGCGACGGAAAGGCGGAACGAGCCCUCAAGCAGCAGUGCCUGGCCGAUGCCCUGCAGGAUGGCCAUCGCUCGAAGCUGAUGCACGUGCGGCACUAUGCCAUCCUGAAGAAAAUGCUCAGCAGUGCGCCGAGCGGGCGAGAAGCCGCUGUUACCAUUCUUACGGAGGCCCUCAAGAACGAUGCAUCGGUGGAGAUGCACCAGUUGCUGUUGGGCACGCACGUGCAGAAUGACAGCGAGUCGCUGAUCCAUGAGAUGUUCAACAAAUUCCAAAGGACCAUGGGCCCCGAAGCCCUGCCGCUGUGGCAGAUGGUCAUCCUCUAUUAUCGCACACGUCAGGAUAGCCUCGGCAGGAAGCGACUGGAAGAUAUCUACAGGCUAGCCACAGCCUCCGCCUGGCCGGAGUUCUUCGAGCUGCGCUCCGACUAUUUGCGGUAUCUCUGGCAUGAAGAGUCCGUCGAUGCAGCGCGCACGGAAUACGCCAAGCUGGCCCUACAGCCGCCCAUGUCCCUGCAGCUGCAUCGCACGAUGGCCCAGCUCGAGAGCAGCCUGGCAGUGCGCGACAAGGCGGCUAUCAAGUACUGGCGCAUGUGUUACGAGUUCAUGGCCGUUUACUUUGGCAAAACGGAGCCCAGUGUCUGGGUGGAGUAUCUUACUUUUGAGCGGGACCAUGGCGACGCGAAGAACCUUUCCCUGCUCACCCAGCGCGCACUCACCACCCUGGAACCCCGGUACGUGCCCGCCUUCGAGGCGGAGCGUGCCCUGGCCUAUGUGGGCGCUGCAAUCGUUGGCUAAGAAAUCAUCGACUAGGCAUAAGUAAGGACUAAGCACUAGUAAGCCUAUAAAGUAAACCUUUUCUUUUUUUUUGUAAUCUGUAUAUUGAGUUUCCUCGACUUGGCCCUUGUUACAUAAUUAAUUUUAUAAUAUUCUGCUAUUGAUUGUGCAAAACAAAAGUGUUUAAAGUUAGCUGUAGCUUAAGAUGAAGAUCCCUACAACAUUUUUUGGCAAAUGUUACAGGUAUUAAAUAGUUUCUUAAGUGAAAUGAUUUAUUGGAAUAUUCUGUGGCUCUCUUUAAGGUGGAAAACUAUUUCAUUUUGUAUAUUUUAUAUUCUUAUAAGCUUACAAUUUUGUUGUGGUACAUCAUUAUCAAGAAGUCAUUGUUUUGGCUACUCUUCUUUAAUUAUAUUUUGAAAACAAAUUGCUAUGGACAUUUUAAUGAUUGCAAAAAUCUUACAAUUUAUUGGAUAAGUUAUUUUAACUUGGCAUAGAAGGUUUGAUAAUUUCUAUAAGAAUUGGCGAAUCAUAUUCCUACUCCGGGUAUAUUAUUACCUAAAAAUAUGAAUGGACAAUCGAGUUAAAAUCAAUUUAAAUUUUCUUUCAAAUGAAUAUUUUCCUAGAAACUUACUUAUCCCUCACAAGGUUUUGUAUUUGCAUCAAAGUCUCAGGUGCUAAUAUAACUUCUUCAACUCUUAGGGAAGCAGAUGGCUAUUAUGGCUCCGAAAAUGAUACAUAAUGAUACCUUACAGGCCUAUACCUAUGUAAACAAUAUGUUGUUAUCCGCCAGAAUAUAUUCUUUCUUCAAGCAAGUUUUUAUAACGUAUAAUUUCUCUGAACAGAAUCAUUUUUGUCACUUUUUAACAGUCCACAGUGAACCCUAAUUGACCCUAAUAAUAUAAAUCCUAUGCGGAUUCUAUAAUGUCUUCAGAGCUUUUCUUGCAUUCCCCUAAAAUGUAUUUGGGCUUCAAAAAGUUCGUAACAUGGAAUUAACAAAUUUCUGUAACUACUU